GGAGAUAAAGAUGCACCAGCAUGGCCUUUUCGUAUCGUGAUGGCAGGGGCUAGCAAUUCAGAUAAGACCAAUAUAAAUUUAAACUUACUAACAAUGCCCAAAUUUUAUUACAUGUUUAAGAAGAAAAAGCAUUCUAAGAUAGGGGAACGCAAUGUUAAAUUUGAUGAUGUAUUUCUUUUCGGACAUCAUUUAAAUGAGCCAAAAUAUAAAAUAGUUCAAGAUUUUUAUAAAUAUCUUGCCCAAGACAAAUCAAAGCCCUAUUAUGAAGAU